GAAAGCUUGAAAUGGUAACUUGAGUAGAAAGCCUGCAGUCAGAUUUAUUUCGAUUUUGCGUAAGUCUACGCGACUUUUCAGAAAACUUUAUGCGGUAUAAUUAUUUCUUUGUUUAGAACAAAUUGAAGUCCCAUGAAGUAGGGAAAUCAGUUUCACUUCACGUAUCAGGGACGCUUUUUUUGCGGAACUUUUGCAAACUCCGAAAUUUCAGAACUACCGAAAUAGUCAAUACCUUAGCAGCUAAAUUUUGGCUGGUUUCUCUUUUUUUGUUGUUGUUGUUUAUGUCAUCGCUGCAAAUCCUUUGUAAAGCGCAACACUAGCAAAGCAAGUUCAAAGUCGGUCACGGCAGUGGGGGAUAUUUAGCAUAGGGGCUACUACAAUGCGCGAGUGCUAGCCUGGCUAGGCCUGCCAGAACAGUUGUUUACUGAUGUCGGUGGCAAGGAAUUACAUUCGAAAGGUCGCCUAGGGCUUUCUCCGUGAAUGUGUGCGCUCAUCUGAGUUCACGCCGUGUCCUGAACGCACGACAAGCAUGAAACCCGCGAAGAAGGACACCAAAAUGCGUAUCCGAGCGUUUCCCAUGUCGAUGGACGAGAAGUAUGUUCAGAACAUCUGGGGCCUGCUGCGUAAUGCCAUCCAAGAGAUCCAGAAGAAAAACAACAGCGGACUGAGCUUUGAGGAGCUGUACCGGAAUGCCUACACCAUGGUGCUCCACAAGCACGGGGAGAGACUCUACACGGGACUGAGGGAAGUGGUGACAGAGCAUCUAGUGAGCAAGGUUCGGGCAGAUGUCCUAGCCUCCCUGCACAACAACUUUCUGCAGACACUAAAUCAGGCGUGGAACGACCACCAGACAAGCAUGGUGAUGAUUCGGGACAUCCUCAUGUACAUGGACCGUGUGUACGUGCAGCAGAACAAUGUGGACAAUGUGUACAACCUGGGGCUCAUCAUCUUCCGGGACCAAGUGGUGCGCUACGGCUGCAUCCGGGACCACCUGCGGGACACCCUGCUGGGCAUGGUGAUGAGCGAGCGGCGUGGGGAAGUGGUCGACAGGCUAGCGAUCAAGAACGCCUGCCAGAUGCUGGUACACCUUGGCAUCGACACCAGGGCAGUUUAUGAGGAGGACUUUGAGCGUCCCUUCCUGGCACAGUCGGCGGAGUUCUACAUGAUGGAGAGCCAGAAGUUCCUGACAGAAAACAGCGCGUGCGUGUACAUCAAGAAGGUGGAGCAGCGCAUCAACGAGGAGGCGGAGCGAGCCAAGCACUACCUGGACGAGUUCACUGAGGAGCUGAUCGUACAGGUGGUGGAGAAGGAGCUCAUCACCAACCACAUGAAGACCAUCGUGGAGAUGGAGAACUCCGGCGUGGUGCACAUGCUGAAAAACCAGAAGACAGAGGACCUGGCCCGCAUGUUCCGGCUGUUCAACCGGGUCCAGGAGGGCCUCAAGACGGUGGUGGAGUGUGUGAGCAGCUACCUGCGGGAGCAAGGCAAGGCCCUUGUUACAGAGGAGGAUGGCGGCAAGGGGGACGCCCUGAGCUUCGUCCAGAACCUGCUGGACCUGAAGGACCGCUUCGACCACUUCCUGUACCACUCGUUCAACGGGGAGCGCCAGUUCAAGCAGAUGAUCGCCGGGGACUUUGAGUACUUCCUCAAUCUGAACCGCAAGUCGCCCGAAUACCUGUCCCUCUUUGUGGACGACAAGCUCAAGAAGGGGGUCAAGGGCAUGACGGAGCAAGAGAUUGAGCAGGUCCUGGACAAGACGAUGGUGCUCUUCCGCUACCUCCAGGAAAAGGACCUCUUUGAGCGCUACUACAAGCAGCACCUGGCCAAGCGCCUGCUGCUCAACAAGAGUGUCUCUGACGACUCGGAGAAGAACAUGAUCUCCAAGCUCAAGACGGAAUGUGGGUGCCAGUUCACGUCAAAAUUGGAAGGCAUGUUCAAGGACAUGUCUGUCUCCAACACCAUGAUGGACGAGUUCAAGACCCACGUGCUCAUGUGCAGCACGAACCUGUACGGAGUGGACCUGAACGUGCGGGUGCUCACAACGGGGUUCUGGCCGACCCAGGCCUCGACCCCCAAGAGCAACAUUCCCAUGGCUCCCCGCAACGCCUUCGAAGCUUUCCGCAGGUUCUACCUGGCGAAGCACAGUGGUCGGCAGCUGACCCUGCAGCCCCAGCUCGGGUGGGCGGACCUGAAUGCGGUGUUCUACGGGCCCCGGAAGGAGGAGAGCAGCAGCGAGGCCUCGUCCUCCAGCACUGCCCUGCUGUCGCCACGCGCGCCCCCAGCACCACGCAAGCACAUCAUACAGGUCUCGACGUAUCAGAUGUGCGUGCUGAUGCUGUUCAACAACCGCGACCGGCUGAUGUACGAGGAGGUGGCCUCCGAGACGGACAUCCCGGAGAAGGACCUGGUGCGAGCGCUGCAGUCCCUCGCCAUGGGCAAGCCCACACAGCGCAUCCUCAUCAAGAGCCCCAAGACUAAGGACAUUGAACCGAGUCACACGUUUACCGUGAACGACUCCUUCACCUCGAAAUUGUACAGAGUCAAAAUUCAGUCAGUUGCAGCCAAGGGAGAAUCUGAACCCGAGAGGAACGAGACGAGAAGCAAGGUUGACGAGGACAGGAAGCACGAGAUCGAAGCGGCCAUUGUGAGGAUAAUGAAGGCACGCAAGAGGAUGCAGCACAACGUUCUGGUGGCGGAGGUGACCGAGCAGCUCAAGUCGAGGUUCUACCCGAGCCCCGUGGUGAUCAAGAAAAGGAUUGAGGGCCUUAUAGAGCGGGAGUACUUAGCCAGGACUCCCGAAGACAGGAAGGUGUACACCUACGUGGCCUGAACGGGCUCGGAAAGAGAGAGGUCGGCCCGGGCGUUUCCGACGCUGCCCUCCGCCGUCGAAACCAAGGGCGGACAAGGAAGACCAGCGUGCAGUGAAAGGUCCCCGACGAAGCUUGCGACAAAGCUGCUCCCGUCUGUCACAAAGUGCGCCGGGGAAGGCAUCCUUUCUUGCCUUGGCACGACUGGACCAAAGACGUUUUCUCCGUUUCAUUUUUUUUCUUCCCCUCCUUUCUCUCGACGGACUGGAACUGCCUGUGCUCACUCCCGUGCUGUUUAGGUUUGGGGUCGGUCUCCCCUUGCCCCCCGCGUGCCACGCCAGAGGACACCUCCGCCGUGCCCCGACAAAUUCCACGGGCGGCCACGCGGAAGAGACUGACAUAAGCGCACACCCUUUGGGGAUCGUCGGUUCCUCCCCCCUUCCGCAGACGCCAGUUUUUUUUUCCUUUUCUUAUUUCUCUCGGAAGAGAGGAACGACCGCGGCCACGAAUGGACGUCCCAACGCACUGCAUUCUUUUUUUCUCCUGCUUUUUUUUUCUUUUUAGAGGCGCCUGCAAGAAUGAUUAAAAGAAACACGGAAUGAGUGUAUUUUUUUUAUAUAUGUAUGCGUUGGACGGGUUUUGUGUGCAUGUGUGCGAGUUUUCGUUAUACUCUGCGCCCGCCCUAGCCCAUACUCCUUGUUUUGCUAACGCACACUCCAUUGCGUGGGGAAGUUCACAUAUUUAUUUUUUAUUUAGCAGGAACUGGCUCUUCCUGAUUGGUGGAACACUGCCAAAGGGGGGGAAAAAAAGAUGACACGUUAGAGCUUCGCUUUUUGUUUUCCUUCCUCUGGAGGUUUGUCUGGAGUCACUUGAUGUCGAAGUGACCAGGGAAUGUGGUGGAGUGAGCCUCCCCCUCCACCAUUUUUGGUUCAGUGCUGACGAGGAGGGUACCUUUUCCCAACGAGGUUUCUCGCUGCUGCCGACGAGUGCACACCUCCCUUAUGUGAAUACGGAAGAAGUUUCAAAUGCAGAGGUUCGGAACAUCUGGUUUCAAAACCGAACUUGAGGUGCGAGAGAAGUUGCCGCGUGUACAUUUCUUCGCCGUAAUAGCCUCCACCCAUUGUACAGACACCUGGAAUUACUGCUGCUACUACCACCGCCCUCGCAUUCCCUUUCCCAAUGCUUUCCCCCUUUUUUCUGUUUCCCGCCCUAGUUUCGCAACUUGCAGUGGAGGGGAGACAUUCUCUGCGGGAGUUUCGGUGGGCUUGCGCGGAACUGUCUUGCGUCGCGAAGAGGGGUGCGCCAUUUGGGAACCUAGUUGGUCGUCUGCUCCUCUUGAAUGUUUUUUUUUUUUUUUUCUUUAUCUGUGCCUUGUUUUUCAAACAUUUGGUUUGUGUAAAUAGCUUUGUGAUGUACAUAAAUUAAUGUAGUAAAGAUUUUUUUCUUCCCCCA